AUGCGAUGUUGGAAUGCUCAGCCAGAAAAAAGACCAACUUCUAAAGAAUUAUUUCUUACUAUAUUAGAAUGGCAUGAUGUUUGUUUUAGCUUUAUGCAAAGCUACCGUCCAGAAUAUACUGAACAAAUUGAAAAAUCUGAAAAAAUAAUCAAUCAAUUUUUGGAAUCAAAUACAAAUACAUCGCUUGAUUACAAACUACAUCCGGGAGCAAUUUAUACUAGUAGACUUCUUAAAACGUCCAAUCUUCUCCCAUUACCAGUAAAUACGGUAGAAUAUGAAAACCAGCUUAGUAGGCUAUAUGAAGAUUCCCAACUUAUAAACCUUCAAGUUUCUAAUGAUUAA